AUGUCUCUUGAGAUAAAUUGGCGGGAAUUAAUUAAAGAUGAUCAGUUGAAUGAGAGUCUAAAGGUUAAAUUGAACCAAUUCUUCAAAAAAUCAUUAAAUCUGCCCAAUUAUCUAGAAAAUUUUGAAAUCUUAAACUUAAAAUUGAAUAGUGAAAACUCGCCUUCAAUAAUAAUCAAAGACAUCACAAAUCCAUUACCAGAAUUCUACGAGGAAGAUAAGAGUUGUGAAAAUUCAAAUGAUAUCCAACUUUUACUCGACUGUAAAUACGAAACUGAUCUAUAUCUCGAAUUUGAAACCAAUUUAAAAUUAAAUUAUCCAGUGGAUAAGUUUAUGCGAUUACCCAUCAAAUUUAGGGUCACUUUCCUGGCAUUGCAUAUACUAUGCUUAUUAUGUGUGUUUGAGAAUGGUAAGAAAGUCACUUUCAGCAUACUUUGUGAUAUUGACGAUAAUGAAACUACAGAGAAGCCUACUCAUCCAAUAAGUAGGAAUAUAGUGGGUUCCCCUUUUGAGAGGCUCAGUAUAAUCAAAAAUCUCAGCAUUGAAACAGAAAUUGGAGAAGGGGAAGAAGUUGAGGAUUCAGGUAAUAGGGGACUCAACACUAACAGUAAUAAUGACAAUGCAGCGUUAAGAAGUGUUGACAAACUGGAAGAGUGGCUCCUCGAUAAAUUUAAGAGUUUCUUGAGAACAGAAGUUGGAUGGCCUAGUUGGAUAACAUUCGACCUCAAUGAAAAUGGCAGUGACAUCGAGACUGAUGAUACUGCUGAUGAUGAUGAUUAUAUAGACAUUGAUAGCGAGACGUCUUCUUAA